AUGCACUCUCCUGUACACGAAGGAGGCCAAGUCGCACAUCCACACGAGGACUGUACGAACGAGGCCGUUCCAACCGCGCUCCGAACUAUCAUCAGUCUGAAUGUACCGAGUACUAGAUUGGCACUCGGUUAUCCGAGCCGACCGACCGCCUUGCCCCGGUCUCCUGUAUCCAUACAUGGUCCAGCAAACAAGGCAUGGCGGACCAAGAACAGGACCAGCUCGGCUGAAUCCAACAGACGUCGCAACGACCCGUGCGGUCGUCAUUCGGUCCAGUCUAUCCGCGAUGUAAACAACGGCGCCGUGCGGAUGCAUAUGCCUUCCAAUCUGGAUCGAUCGCAAUAUGCAGGUCGCAGAUCUCUGCAGGGGUACUCGAAUGUCUUGGACCGGGCUUGGUGGAACCCGCGCCCGCUGGAUUUUCUGAGAAAUGCGACGCGGGGUCGCUGCGUCGAGACAGGCCAUGCAAGGACGGGCCGGAUUACUCGUCGGAUGUAUGGAGUAGACGAGAUUGGACCCCGCGGCGCCGAUCUCGCCGUCAUAUCGGGCUCUGGCCACACCUCCAAAAGAACGUCCGUACCGUCUACGGUGCGGGGUGCCUUGGACUUGGAGGAGUCUGGGUGCCUGGCAUGGAUCGUGCAGGCUGACGGGCUGGAGGCGACAUCCGCGCAUCAAGUGCCGGAGAUGCGGAGAAAUAGUAUACCUGCAGGAGGAUGGCAGCCGUCCGCCCCCAACAGUGGACGAUGUCAUGAAAACGGCCACGCCAAAUCAGAUCAGGGCGAGGCACAGUGGCUGGGGUCUUUCUAUGGAAGGGAUUGGCCUUCAUGGAAUGAUCUCCCCGUCCAGUAUCCCGAGUGGGCAGACGUGCAGGCGCUGCAAUGCUGCUUCCCGCGCCCUUGCUGGACUUGUGCCAAGCUGGAUGUCUCCCAUGAACGAGGUGGACUUGAGCCUAUGAUGUACCACAGCUACGCCAUCGGAGAGAUGGAGUGA